AUGGCAAAAACCCUCGAUAGCGGUAUCACGGCUUUGGCCCCGGUCUCGAAUCUGCCUGAUGAGUGGUCCCCGCUGCUAUCGACCUCCGAGAGAAGUGCCAAUGCCGACCGCCCCAUUUCCAGCUCUACGGCAGAGUCUCUCGCGACAAACCCGUCCUUGCUCACCGAUAUCGAGGCCGAUGCUGCCACACCUGUGACCGAUGGAACUAUUACGCCUCGCCGAAAUGGCGCUGGCAACCUCACGGGCUCGCGCAGCAGCAUCAGUCUGUCCGCAGUUGUCCAUGCCGUGCUCGUGCUCAUGAUCGGCGUAUUUGUCUCCAACGUCGAUGGUUCCCUCAUCAUGGCAACCCACCCCAUCAUCGCGUCCGAGUUUGAUGCCCUCGAAAGCUCUAGCUGGCUCUUUUCUGGCUUCAUCCUGGCCGCAGCCGCAACCCAGACCAUGUACGGAAAACUCAGCGAUAUUUACGGCCGCAAGAUCCUUGUUUUGAUAUCUUACAUAUUUUUCACCGCUGGCUGUGCCUUGGUAGGCGCUGGCCAGACCAUGUUUCAAGUCAUCCUAGGCCGAGUCAUAUCUGGUGCUGGCAGUGCUGGCAUGACUGUUCUCGUGUCGAUCAUUGUAUCUGAUCUCCUUCCCAUUCGUGAUGUUGCCUCGUGGCGUUCCUACAUCAAUGUUGUCGCUACUACCGGCCGCAGUCUCGGCGGCCCGGUCGGUGGAUGGCUGGCCGACGUUAUCGGCUGGCGCUGGUCCUUUUUCGGCCAGGUCCCCUUCAUGCUACUGGCCACUAUACUUGUCAUGCUGUUCUUACCGAACCACUCGAGGAAUUAUAGCGGAGGCCAGCCACUGGACAGCGAGUCCUCCCGUGGUGAGAUCUCGUCCUGGCUUCGUCUCCGACGUGUCGACUUUGCCGGAUCCGCCCUGCUAGCUCUGGUGUUGCUGGCGCUCCUGAUUCCUAUGGAGAUCGGUGGUAUCAAAGUGUCAUGGACGAGUCCGGUCAUUCCGGGGUUGUUUGCCGCCUCACUAGUACUGUUCGUCGCAUUUUUGCGUAUUGAAAAGCGUGCGAUCGAGCCGAUCGUGCCGCUGGGCAUCUUUCGUGUCCGGGAUGUCAACCUUUCUCUGCUCAUCCAGACGUUACAAACGGCCGCACAGUUAGGCAUAAUGUUCUCGGUCCCACUCUACUUCAAGGUGUCGCAGGAAGUGUCCAGCACUGUUGCGGGCGCCCAUCUCUUCCCAGCCGUGGCCGGCAACGCUAUCGGCGGUAUCAUCACGGGCCUGUACAUCAAGAAAACCGGGCGCUACCGGAACAUGACCCGGCUGGCGACCAUAUCGUCGAGCCUGUCGUACUUUCUACUACUGCUUCGCUGGCACGGUCACACCAACUGGUGGGAGGCGUUGUACAUCUUUCCCGGCGGUUUUGGAACGGGUGUUGCCACAAGCGCGGUUUUCAUUUCCGUGCAAGUGGUCGUCGAGCCGAUACAUUUAGCCCCAGCUAUCUCCAUACUCUACCUAGGCGGCACCUGUGCAUCGGUUCUCGGGCUGACUUCUGCUAGUAUGGUUAUGCAGGCAAUGCUCAAAGUCAGUCUGGGGCGCCGCCUUCUGGAUCUGGGCCUCGAUGCUUUUCAGCGUGCAGAGAUCGUAUCCAAGGCCGUGUCCAAUAUAGGCUAUGUGUCUGGCCUUAUGGGACCAGUAAAGACUGCCGCCGUCAGUGCCUACAUCGAUGGCAUCUGGUGGAGUCAUAGUAGGUACCCCUCUUAUUGGCGAGACGAGAUAUCCAAGCUGACAAAUGGUAGCCGUGUCUCUGCUAUUCUCAACUUUGGCAUUGAUGUGCUCUCUUCUCCUGGGCGAAAAGCCUCUACAUAA